AUGCAACAGGAACAAAUUUGUGUGGGAAAAGAAGGCGACGUCGGAACUCUGUUGGCGUCGAUUGACAAGACGUUGGCAGAAGCCUCGGCGGACACGCGGACUUGGCGAAUUUGUCGGCCGACUCAAAAAAAGGCAAAGUUUCUGUUCUGCGUGGGAGGUGUGCAAACGAGAUGGAUUGGUUGAAAAAUGUGGCCAAAUUAGGUGAGGCACGUGUGUUGGCCGAAAAAAAGAAGCUAGGAAGCGCGAUUUCGAGCCUUGUUCAUCCCCUUGGCCCGUCUAACCGCAUUUAAUUACCAAACGGAUCUCAAAAAUGCACAAGCCAUUUAAAAAGCCUGUUUUUUGCAGACCAUCUCUUCUUUCACGUAUAUCCUACAUGGCAAGAAGAACGUGUUGAUUAAUAAAAGUUUCGUCGUCCGCUUUGAAAAUGGUCGAUACUUAUCCGACGUUUUGAAACGUCGUACAUUCAAUAACCAAUUUGUGGGCAUGUAAAUUCACACCGGAAGACGCAUUCCACAUGUUCUGUUGAGUGUUCUCCGACGUGUUUUACGUGAUCUCGUGACUGGCAGCUGUCGGCAGUUACAAAAGACUCUGCGGCCCACCCUCGACAUGCUGGUCGUUUGUUAGCGCCAUGCAGAAAAUUGAUUGGCUGCACAGUGAGAAAAAACUGGGGAAUACUUGGGACUUGCCAAAUUAAAUCUAUCCUUUGAGGUUCUGGGAAAACGGUCUAAAGCUCACAGAGAAAGGAGGUCAGGAAAAAAAACUUUUUAAGGUACUUCUCUAAAAUAGAGAAGUGUUUGCAAGUUGAGACACCAUCUUUAAAAAAAUGCACCUUGAAAUGUAUCCUAAUUGUUUAAAAACAUGAUGUGGUUCAUACCAAAACCUUCAAAACUUUCUUUUUUCGAGAGCGGGAGCUUCAAGAUUUCUAGAAUAAUGUGAGAAAAAGAGCUUUCGAGCGUUGCAGAGCACCAAGUUUUGCACUUCUUGAAUAUCAUCUAGCUUAUCAGAGACAGCUCUGACGUUUUUAAAAAAAGUAAAGGUAUGCCUCUUUUAAAAUGUAUAGAAAUCCCUUUCAAUGGAAAAAUACUUCUUCAGUUGGCCUAAGUGAUUCGAAAACUUUGAAAAAUCAACUCUUUUUUUAAGUUCAAACAAAAAUUUCUCUGAUCUCUCGAAAAGAUUACAACCCUUAAUCUAAUUUCGUCGUCGCAUUUGAGACCGGCCGUAAAAAUAAAAUAAUUUGAGGAAAACUAUCUUGACUUAGGAACAAAAAAAAAAUUUCGAAAUAUUGCUGAACCAAUAGUCGGUAUGAAAAAGAAAACUGAGAGGUGCGUCCAAACAAUCGCGGCUCUUCGUCGCUUUUUUUCGACAGAUCAACUUAUGAUGGAUUGCUCUUAUUGUUGGACGACGUGGUCGCUACGUUUGACAAAAGCUGCUGAUGGAAAUGGGAUGGGCAAAAAGCUCAGGCUUUGUAAAAAGCAAGAAUAUCGAAAUGCUCAAAAAUCAUUAAAAGAAGUCCGACGUGGCAAAUAUUUCAACGGAUGAGAUUGCGUGGACAUUGUUCGACCCUAAGGGAUCAUAACUUUCCACGCGGACAAUGACUGAAAAUAUUAAAUGAUUUCCGAAGCUUUCGAGCAAGCGGAUAAAAUUGCAUAGUCAGAACAAAAAAUAUUCUCUGACUUUGAAUACUUGAAUACUAUGAAAAGAACUGAAGUAAAAAAAAAACCGAAACCAAAAAAUCAUAGCAAAAGCAAGGCGAAGAAGAAAACUUUUGUGAUCGGAACAAACUUGAGAGGAACUAAUCGACUGAGCUCGCAAAAAAGAAGAUAAACGAUAACUCGAACACUUGUCAGUAAUGAGAAACUGCGUUAAACAGCUUAUGCGGUCGAAAAAAAAAAACAAAAGACAGUUGUUGCCUCAGAUUCUUUAUUACUAUUUGAUGUAAGCAUGUGGCGAAGGCGGCGGCUCAGCCGCAGAUCGAUAUCGAUGAACUUUAUCCAGUCAGAUACUCAACUCCAAAAAGAAAUACCUCUUAACCUAGAAAGGUGAAAAAGGCCUUCAUAACAUGAGAACGAGAAGACUUUUAAACCUUCAGGUUCUUCUACUUUCCACCCCAAGUUUAUUUAUAACGUACUAGAAGAUCCAAGAAGCUCAUAACGAAAAAAUCAUUGAAACUGCCGUGCCAGACAAAUAAAGACGAUGACAAAAUUUAUGAGCUUGUCGGCCAAAUAAUAUCUUUUGUUUUUGAUCUAUCGUUUCCACUAAAACGUCAUCGAAACCUUCAUUCAUGUACAUAAUGAUACAGAAGAUCGAAAUGAAAAGUCGGCUCGUAAAAGGAACAUAGCAGUGAAAUAUGAAGAGCCACGAAGAAACCAAUCGGCGCGCCGGCCCUUCCAAAAAUGAGCGUUUUCAUUUGUUUUUUUUUUCUUUUUUGUUGGUCCCUCAUGAUGGAAUGAACGCACACGCACGGAUUCGCAGAGUCUUCACUUUUUCAAACGAUCAAUUGCAGGAAGUGAAAAAAAGGUUCGUAGGUAAUGAGCAUGAACCUCCAUCGCACAGCCCUUACUUCAUGGAGAAAAACAGCGUUUAUGAUUUACUCAUUUUUAUACGGAAAAAAACUCCUUCCACUUUAGAACUUUCAGAUUUGCUCUAAAAAGUUCUAGAAGUUCACAAAAAAAUGGCAGAAGAAGCCUCUGUAGGCAAACUCUCGAGUCGUUACUUUAACCGGAAAGGUGUUUUCACUUACGACUGCGAAUAUUUGUGGAAACUAAAAAAAUCAUUGCUGUGAUUGACAACUUUUUUUGAGAAAUGCAAAUUUUUUAAUUAUAGAGGACGGAUUUCAAAAACAUGAGCUGUACUAGUUCAAUUUUCGGUAUCUUCAUUCAGAAUAUCGAAUAGUGCUUUGACGACUUUCGAGGUUCUAAGGUUCACAAGUCAGACCGAAUCUCUUUACAAUGAGAAAAUGGAAAAAAAAAGAGAAAACGAAAGUCGACAAUCCAACGGUCCGAAGACGGCUUUCAGGACGCGUUAAGAGCUGAAUCGCCUUGGCGAGGCGGGAAUUUGCAUGUUUGCUGCGUUUUACCCUAGACCCUGUUGAUUUUCUCUUCUUACUCACUUUUCCUCGCACCUUCUUCUCGUUUAUUACUUAUUCGGCAAAGAAGGAAAAAAAAAGAAAGAAGUUUAAGUGUUUGGAGACGCAUUUGAAAAUCUUCUUCUAGAAAAGAAGCUUCCACUAAGUUAAAAAUUCUUCUAUUUAAACUUCAAAACGUGGUAACUAGGAUAUUCCAUUGCAAUUUAAAAAUUUGUUUAUUCUCAGGUUUGAAAAAGAUUUCAUAACUCAAAGAGAAAAAAAUACUUCAAAGAAUUUCGCGAAAAAAAGUGAGUAGGUCAAAACAACUAGCGAGAAAAAAACAAACUAGAAUGGUCCAAAACUGAAAUGGAACACAAGAGUAAUUUAAUAUUAACUUAAAUGAUUAAGAUCAUAGAAUGAAGGAAAUAUGAAUGAAACGCUGUUAUAAAAAUCUACAAAAAAAACAGCUAAUCAAUCGAAUCAAGAGAAUAGUUUUUAACGAAAAAUCAUAACAAUUUCACAAAAUUCAUGAAAAGAUCAAAAAGUAGUAGCCCUUUCAAAUAGGAACCUUCAAAGUAAACUUUUUCUGUAAUUCACAAAAAAAAAAAACAAAAAAUGAGUAGGACUUGCUCAGAAACACUUGUUGGUUCUUCACAAAAGCGCUAAUUUUCGCUAGGUCACGAAUUUUCCCAUAUAGUUGAGCACAAUGAAAAUAUUAUCAAAUGUGAUAAAAUUUUAAAAAAAUGUUCAGUGUUCAGAUUCCGUGUAAAAUCUUCACUCGAAGUGGUCGCUCUCCUUCUGAGGCUUCCACCUAGAGCACGGUCUCCGGGCUCCAGCUCAACAUCCACUACAUUCUGAGCUGGUCAAGGCGCAACUGGAUGGACUACGCGCAGAAGGACAAGACGAAGGACCGUAAGAACAUGCUUUCAACUCUUUCGACUACACGUUUGGACGUCUAG